AUGCUGCCUCGAGUCAAACCAUCACCGCCGCUGCUCGGCGUAACCACUCGGGCACGGUCUCGGAUACUUCAAGAUUCGACACGCGCCCUCUCCGUCAAGAUGGAGGAGGUGGAGACUGGGUCUGUCGAGGACGCCGACCAAAACGGCCGUGGCCUAUCAGCAGCGAUGGCCUUCGAGGACACGUCUGGGAAGUUCACAUCCUCCAAGGACCGCGAUGACUUGGUGCCGUACGUGCCGCGGACUACACAGCUUCCUAGCGUCACAACAUCAGUACAUGAAGGAGGUCGUACUGCUGACUCAAACGUGUUCCAUGUGAAGAAGGAAGGCUCGGAAUUCAGCAAGAAUGACUCGGCGGAGCUCCACCAGCUCGGAGAUGUAGCACAUGAGUACCCCUCGUCGAAGUUGGAUGUAGGUCAGUAUUUACUGUCCCGUUAUUGA